CUGCCACACGCCAACAACAGGUGCGCCGCGGGCGCAACUGUACCUCGUCUAACUCUCUCAGCCAUCAGCAGGAGGGCGUCUUGAGCAAUAUACCACCUGUUUGGGGUCAGGCAGGAGUGCCCUUCGAUGACCGUCAGAGAGCCGCCUAAGACUCGGAUCGUGGGAGUCGAUUGAUUGAACUUUGGCCGAGACUCCAAAGGGCACUCACGCGGCCGGCACUGAGUGUUUCAGCGGCUCAACACUCGACAGACUUUGGCCAAAUAUUUCAGCCAUGACUCGUGACACUCGAGUGGCCCUGCCCGGCCGGCUGCUAUCAGCGGGCGGGUAUCUGCGGCGCUUCCGUGUCAGUGAAUUGAUCAAGAGAGCGGCACCGAACGCUACUCGUUGGAAUUCCUGGAAAUCAAACCAAAGAUAGCCACACCCCCACCCAAACCAGCUGGGAUUAUGGCCAGAACUUGCCACAGAAAAGUGUGCAUCUCAAAAGGCGUCAAAGUUGUUUGUACGAAUCGAUCCAGAUAUAUUGUAAGCCAUGCGUUUGGCCAAGUGCUUGUGUUUCAUACCCCUUCGAGUGGGCGUGAUCCUGACGGGCUGUCUGUUCGGCGCCACGGACAUCAUAAUCGGCAGCUAUGGGCUGUACAUGGUGAUUCGGAGGGAGUUCCCCGACAACGUGGUGGAGUUCUUUAGGACCAUGGACACCCUCACGUGCGUGGCCUGCUUCACGGGCACCUUCUACUUGAUGGCCUUCAACGACCUGAUGCUGAUCUAUGGCGCCAUCAGGAAAAAGUCCGGCUACAUUGGUCCCUGGCUGAUGGUCAACUUUGUGGUUCUCAUCUGCACGAUGGUCACGGCCCUGGUGAGCGGCAUAGCCAUCAUACGAAUCGGUGAGAGGCAGAGCCCCGACUACACGCCCCGAAUCGUUACAUCCAUUCAUUGUUUCAGUUGUCCUCAGUUAUUGCAUGUUCGUCGUGAACUCCUUCUACGAUGAGCUCUCGGAGGAGGACGAUUGAUUGCAGCUGGGAGCUGGGAGCUUUCCUCAAUGAAAUUAUCAGUUCAAAGAUUGCGAAUAAACUUUACGAAACUUGUUCCUUUUUGGCUUC